AGCUGUCGUAGAGUGAGGUUAUGUUGCCUGAUGCUCCUCAGUUUUACUGAAGGCUCCGAGCAUUGUCGUGCGUUCGAGUCUGUAAUAAAAGCUCCAAAGAUAAUUAACGCUCAUCUGCAGUGACUCGCUCCAAGUGAACGGAGACUGCUUUUAGAAAUAUUUCUGUGGUGAUUCCUUUGUGUUUGUGGAAUGUUGGAUGCCCACAUCUCUCCAUGCGGAUAAUUUUUCCUAUGCAUCUCUAAAUAAUGACGGCAAAACGGAAGCAGCACUGCAAAAUGGCUCCCUCUCGAUGUGGCUGCUACGGAAACAGAACUCUUCUGAGUUUCGUAAUUAUCUUCAACUUAUCGAUAUCCUCGGCUCAAAUCUCACAAGAAAACUCGAGAAGAAUUUUCCAAUCCAGAACCAUAGAUGGCAGUGAGCCCCACAACACAAUUAAACAUGUCUCAUCAAAACUCAACUCGUCUGUCUCAUUUGGGAUCAACGAGAGUGACAUCGCCGCCAUUUUUAGGGGUGUUGCUUACGGAGUGACAACUUCGUACUCAAAAAUGCAGACAAAGACCGAAGAAACCACGACUACCACCACCACAACUACCACUACGUCAUCUCCAACCACCACUAAUACCCAGUCAACCAUCAACGAAACCUUGGUUGUGAGUCCAGAAACCAUCAGACCAUUGGACCCUUUGCCUAUAACUAAUUCGUUGGAUGACAUUUCUUCAGACAUUUCACCAGAGAAACUGCCAGUGAAUGAAAAUUCAUACGCUGUUCCUACAGGAGAAGAACGGCAUUAUGAUUACCGCGGCUCUCAACUCUACAAUAUUCCUCAAAGUGAUAUCUUGAACAACUUGGCAGCUGAUGAAAGUGUGAACACCGAACGGAAUUACAAAUCAAGUGAAAGUUUAUACUCGCAUGAUAUUUACGUUGAUAAGUACGACCACAAGGGCCACCUGAUGACAGCAAACGAAGUGGAGGUCCAUCAUGUGGUGGAUUACGCCUGGGUUAUCCAUGUGUAUCUCACUGGAGUUUUAAUGGGAGUUGUGGCCGCCAUGGCUAUCUGUUGUAUCUCAAGAAUUCAUUUCUGCUCCCCUAUUUUCCCCAGAAACUUUUUCGUCACCAUGCACGUACUGGUGUUCUUAGCCGCCUUCUUGCGAUGCAUUUUAUUAUUUAAUGGGUCUUUCGGAGAGGCACAUAGCAAAUUACCAAAAGUUUUGACAGGACUUCUGAUCAAUUCUGUUCCUCCUUGCUUAACUGCAGCUUUUGCAUUGGUGCUUCUUGUGUUCCUGAAAGCCACUCACCUCUACGUCCUGCCGGCCAAGUAUCAGUCAUCGUUCGUCCUGGCGGUUAUCAGCGUUGUUCACAUUGUAACGAGUAUCAUUGUUGAUAUAUGCGCAGGUUUAUCUGAUAGCGAAUCGCUGAUAAACGCUCUCCGUGCUGGAGUCCAGGCUGGUACAGCAGGCUGGAGCUUGCUGCUGAGCAUGGGAUUCGUAUACCUAAUUUACAACCUCUGGAAACACGAAGAACGGAAAUCAGUCAUUCCGAAGAAGUCUCUGCAAGUUAUUUAUGUGGCUGUUGUAGUUGAAUUAAUACUUGCCUGUUUUACCAUCUAUGGAAUCGUCACUCCACGAGUGACGGUAAGUAAGGAGGUAGACAAUACUUGGUCUCUAUGGGUUCUGGCUAGCUGUGAACGAUUACUUGAAGCUUGUUUCUGUGUUACUUUAUUGGUUAUCACGACCACGUUUACGAUAAGUAAAUGCAAUAACGUGAAACCGCAAGAACAGAAAGUAUUCUCCGUUAUGACGUCAGGAAAAAGAGAUGUAAGUCUGGGACGAUCAGCCAAUGUGUACCCAGUGACAUGUGACAAAAAUGGCUUCCUAAACAAUGGCCUUUUGGGUUCCAAUCUUAAUAACGAUGGUUCAACUAAAUCUGAAAAUUAUUACAGUGGAUGGACGGACGCACGUUUGUAUUCAGGUACAAUCGACUCGACAGCUGAUUUCCAACUGUUCAACGGAAAAGCGACGUCAACAAUGUCUACGGUUUUGUACCCAAAUUUCAACUCGAUGGCAGGCCCAGGAGAAUUAAUAGAUGAUUCAGCAAAAGAUUCUUUCACAAAUGGCGGUCAGGAGUCCUCAAUGACGUCCUACAGUACCCUAUCCAGUCACAGGCCUUCAAAUGCUCAGCAUUUAUGUUACUUUGCGCCAGUAAAUGCUUGUUGUCCGUCUUCCGCAACUAAGGGAUUUCCGACUUUGACCAAACAACCCAUCUUGCUGGUCCCACAGUACAGCAAUCCCCAAGGUCCGGGUUCAUCUGCACCCCAGAGUGAGGAAUCCACUUCGGGUUCUUCGUAUUACGGAAGCUCGCUGGGCUCAUCGCAUAUUUAUUCGUCGCCUCAGUACUACACAUGUCCUGGUGACGUCGCAGAUGUCCAUAUCAACAAUCCGAUUCUUCCCAUUCACUUGCACCAGUGCAGUGAAAUGGGCCCCGGAAUGCACAAAAGAAUGGCCGCUAAUGAAGAGUCUGCUCACCACAUUCCGAGCGCGAGCCUCCCCGUUCUUCAAGACAUUCCAGAAAAUAAUGAACGCAUGUUGCAGCAGUACAGACCCAAGCAGCCGCUACCUCACCCCGAACUUCAUCAAAUUCCUGACGUGAAUGUUAUCCCCGGGGUAGCCCACAUACCUGUCAAGCAUCAGUUGGUCGGAGUGCAGCAGCGUCAACCUUUUCGCCAUCCCCACAUGAUCCACCACUUCCAUCCCCACCACCCAGUGAUCCACCAAUUAGAUCCUAAUCGAUCUACACCUCAAUCCAUUAAAGGUUCACCUAGUCUUUCUUCGACUCAGCACAGCGGCGUUUCAGCCGUCGCAAAGUCAGAUUCCCCGACAGGUUCUUGCCCUUCUAAAGUCCCUGGCAGGCAAGGACCGGCAACGUCGAGUCAUGAUUCCUCAAUAUGCGGUGCCGCCGUGAAAGGCGUCGCCUCGCCAGCUGUGACUUCCACAACCCCCGUCACUGCAUCCACAAGUCCCUGUCAAAUUAACGCAACGCCGUUGGAAAGUAAUGAACUCAUUCAGACGAGUGAAGCCUUGCAAACUAUUGGCGGAUCCGAUUGUAGUUUUUUAAGUAAACUCGUAAGGUCUCCCGAGGCUCAGAGUCUUUCAAGUUCUCUCGAGCUUGACACCAGAAGAACGUCCGUUGAAAAGAGAAACCCAAUUUUAAAUUCAGCCGCGGGGUCUCCUCCGUUCCGACAGCGGAUGGUCUUCGAUGACGCAGACCUUCCAUCACAAAUUGUAUGAAAGGAAUUUCCAUGUAAAAUGUAUGAUAUAAUAUAGAGACUGUAAAUAAUUGAGUCGUGUUUGAGGAAUGUUACAAGGAUGUCAGCUUUUU